AUGGUGGUAGAAGUUGUUUUGGUGGUGACUGUUAUUUAUCGCCAGUCACCACCAUCUUACAGAAUUCCAAUUGCUGUAUUUUCUACAAAAGCUACUCUGGACAAGAAAUCAAUUACGGAAGGGGGUGGAGAUAGUGGGUCUGAUGUGGAAGGAAUUGUAGAAGCCAAGAAAGCAAAGGAUCAAGGGAUGGAUAAACAGAGGCAUGAUGAAAAAAAGCAUAAGAGAUUCUUGGGAGCAAGAAGACAUCGCCAGAGUUGUGAAUCACGGUCGUGGCCGCUAUCUCGGGCGCGACAGCCGGGGCGGCAUCCCUCGCGCGAGAACCCGGGUGCGGUUGCGCCUUACGAGUUGUGGGCGUUAUUCACGCUAAAGCGGGUGGCAGAAAUUUUUCUGCUUUCUCUCAUUCCUGCCCUAACGUUAACCUUGCUUCUGCCGUUCUGCUUCCACCAUUUCGCUUCUGCUGUUCUACUGUUCUGCUUUCACCCUUUCACUACUUCACUCUCAUUUUCUCCUCCUUCGGUGACGGGACCAGCUACUCACAACCUUCAGAAUAAUAUGGCAGCAUCUUCUACACCGAAUUCUACCUCGGUUGCUUCGUGUGCUUCAAACGUUCAAAUCAACCGCUAUGGGGGAAUAAGAAGAGCAAAAAGGCAUCAACUAGAAAUUCAGGCUGAAGUAAUUCCUUGCUUGAAAACACCUACGGAUGAUAUUAAGGCUAUAUUACAUGCUGACAUGGUUGAGAAAGAGAGAAUUAAAAAAAAGAAAUAUAAGAGGCGAACCAUGUUUGUGAAAAGUGUCGAUGCUUUUGACUAUGCCAACACGGGGGAAAAGCUAGCCGAGUUGUUGGACACUUUUAUUGAGGAAAUAGGUGAAAUAAAUGUUGCUCAAUUGAUUACCGACAAUGGAAACCUUAUGUUAGAAGACAUAGGCAAAAUUCCAAAGGCUCUUAAGGUUAUACAAAAUGGAAUUAAGAUUGCGGGCUACAUUUAUAACCAUACUUUUGUUUGA